UUUUGACAGUCUGACAGGAUGUUACAGGUCCGCGGAGCUGCUCUUUGAGGGAAUGUGGCUGCUACAUCUCUGUCAGGAUGGAUGUCGGACAGAUGUUUUAAGGGGAAUAUGUUGGGGUUGUAUAUUCUCAUCUUAUUAAAUGACAUGAUCAUCUUAACAACAUGGUAGUUGCCUCCUCUACUGUCUGGCAAAAAAAAAACUAUAUCAGUUCAAAUCUAAGAGAUGUUAAAUUCAGUGUCAAUUUAGUCAUUUAACCCACAUUUGCUCAUAAACAUGGACCAUUAACAUCCUCAGCCAUCACUAUACAUUGUUACGUUUUUCCUUCUGAUACCACCUGAGAGAUUGUCAAGCAUAGUCCCACUAUUCUACCACGUGCCACUGCACGUUUGAGAAGUCUCAAAAAUGUUUUCGGCACUGAAAAAGCUUGUAGGGUCUGAGCCAGGUCAGCUCAGGGAGAAAAACAUUCCUGCUGGACUGCAGUCGAUGAACCAAAGUUUGCAGAGGCGCUUUGCCAAAGGCGUCCAGUAUAACAUGAAAAUAGUCAUCAGGGGAGACAGAAAUACUGGAAAGAGUACUUUAUGGCAUCGACUGCAGGGAAAAAAGUUUGUGGAGGACUACAUACCCACUCAGGAGAUCCAAGUCACAAGUAUUCAUUGGAAUUACAAAAUGGCCCCAUAUCAAGCUACUGAUGAUGUGGUUAAGGUAGAGGUGUGGGAUGUGGUGGACAAAGGCCAAAAAUACCCUCUUCCUGAAGGUGUAGGCAAAGGUAAACGGCGUGGGGAAAACUUAAAACUGGAGAAUGAACCACAAGAGUCAGAUGAGGUGGCCCUGGAUGCAGAGUUCCUAGAUGUGUACAAGAACUGCAAUGGAGUCAUCAUGAUGUUUGACAUAACCAAGCAGUGGACAUUCAACUACAUCCUGAGGGAACUCCCCAAAGUACCCACCCAUGUGCCGGUGUGUCUCCUGGGAAACCACCGGGACAUGGGGGAACAUCGGGUCAUUCUUCCUGACGACAUCAGAGAUCUUAUUGCUGGACUGAACAGACCAUUGGGAGCAUCUUACAUCCAUUAUGCUGAGUCUUCUAUGAAGAAUGGGUUCGGUUUGAAGUAUCUGCACAGGUUUUUUAACAUCCCCUUUCUUCAGCUACAGAGGGAAACCCUUCUGAGGCAACUGGAGACCAACCAGCUGGAUAUGGACGCCACCUUAGAGGAGCUUUCUGUCCAGCAGGAGACUGAGGAUCAGAACUAUGAGAUUUUCCUGGAGAACUUGGAAUCUCGAUGUAAGGGCUAUGCUUCUCCCGGUCCAGCCAAUGGUCAGACUCCUUCUUCUGGCUCUCAGUCUCCCAUCGUCCCUCCGAGUGGGCCGUCCACCGGCAGCUCCAGCCCCAGCACCCCGCAGCCUUCUCUACCCUCUCAGGUGCUUCCUCAGCCCCAAUCUGUGUCUGCCUCGUCACCUCCGUCUCCCGCCUCAACGGCUGCUGGGGCAGCUUCGCCCGUCACAGAGAUGACGACGAUGGCCCAGUCACCUGAACACCAACAUUCCUCAGCUCCAUCUGCAGGAUCAGCCCCCCAGAAACGCGGGUUCAUCUCCCGCUGGUUUGGCUCUUCUCCUGCAACGGAGACUCCUGCUUCUGCACCAGAGGAACCUCUUCCACCGGUGUGUCCUGCUAAAGUGCAGAGUGUGGAUGAUUUUGUGCCUGAUGAAAGGCUGGACAAGAGUUUCCUAGAGGAUAGCCUGCCGUCAAAGAGCAAGGUGCCCCAACAACCCACUUCAGCUGCAGACAGCGACAGUGAUGGUGAAGAUAAAGGAAAUCCAAUGGUGUCUGCUUUCCAAGAUGAGCUGGAUCCUGAUGAUGCAGGGACCCACCUCCCUCAGGCCAAGACCCUCCCCCCCAGUAAAGAUAUCACACUAACCAGUGACGAGGAGGAGGGAGAACCAGCUGCCACUACAAUCACACUGGACCAAGACCUGGGUAGCGAGCCGGACUUGAAAAGGUAUGAAAUUCAGCUCACAAAAGCAAAGGAGAUGUCUAAAGAAGCAGAGAGCAGAGACCAGAACAUCUCCCCCAUCGCUCUCACCUUAACUCCAGCGGCAGAGCCAUUAGCUCACAACCAAGGCAAGAAGAAGGGAAGUCCUAAAGUGGAGGACUCGGACACAGACCCAGAGGCCCCCUUGGCCCAGCAGAUGCUCUCGUUUGUCAUGGAUGACCCUGAUUUUGAGUCUGACGCAUCUGAUACACCAAAAAUCUCAAAGGAUGCAUUUCCAGUCAGAGAUGAACUUCUGUCUGACCUCUCUGAUGAUGACAUGAAUUUAGCAAAGGUGCCCGAGCCCCUGAAGCCCACGGUGAUCUCCUUCAAACCCAAGGACGAUACCGACCUGUUCGGCCUCGGAAUCCAGGAGGAGCCUCCUGCCUCCAAGGACAGCAGCGAGGAUCAGGAAGAGAAAGAAAGCAUACCCUCCUCCAAAGAAAAGAAAAAGAAGAAAAAGAAAACCAAGGAGGAGGAUGAAAAGAACAAGAAAAAACAUAAACACAAGAAAAAGGAAAAAGAUGAAGUUGUAGCAGGAGAUGAAAAGGAGAAAAAGAAAAAGAAAUCCAGAUCCAAGAAAACAGAAGUGGAUGAACUAGAAGAAUUUUUGGGUGGAGGAACAGGAUCAGUUAAAAGAGAGGAUGGGGAUUAUGAAGAACUAUAAACGUUUCUGUUGGAAUACUUGGGACAUGGAGCAGUGAAGCAGCUCCAAGAUGUGUAAUAUUAAAAAGAAAAAAAAAAAAAAAAAGAAAUCCCGGUUCCUUGAUCUGUGUGUGCUUAAAGUCUCAUCUCUAAGCUGUACACUGUACCAAGGCUGCCAGGUAAACGCAGGUAAACUAACAGAGAGGCCGUUACCUGUGUGUUCCCGCAGCCUUUUCUCCUAUCUUUCCUUCUGCUUUCAUUUCAAUCCCAACUAAUAAGAAAAAGCAGGAGAAUCACUAUGAAGGUUAUGAAUAUUAAGAUCAAAUUUAACUAUCAUUGUAUACACAGUUUAGUGAAUAAUCUCAUUUUAGAUUUUUUUUUCUUUAACCACUCCAAAUCAACUGCUUUAGUUCCAGUUCCAGUCUGAAUGCUCAUGUGGUUAUUAUAAUAAUUGCAAGCAUGCUCAGAGUGAUGUCUGAAUCCAUAAAAAUUCCAUUCAAGCCAUUGCUGCUUUUCUACUUUUUGUCUUAAAUGGUUGAUGACAAAUAAUAUUUUGUGUCUAAUGAGCGUUGAUGACUAAUUUUAAGGUCAACUGAUUUAAAAGCGACUUUUUUCCACUCCAGGAGUAUUUCAUCUGCACCUAAAUCUGGAAAUGCUUCUUUCUUACCUUGUGUCUGAUGUUUUUUUUCCACCUGUGGUUGUAUUUACAACUGUUCUUUAUCACACAGCUGACUCUUAACAGCCUUCAAAAACCUAAUUUCUGUAAGCUAUUCAUGCAAAGUUCACAAGAUUACUUUGUUGUGCCACCAUUGCAAUUUUAGUUGAUUGUGUUCACAUUUUAUUCAAUCAGGUUUACUAGAUAUCUACAGCUGUAAACACAUUACUGGUUUACACUCCAAAAAACAGCUAAGUGGCUCAUGAGUUUGGCAGAACUAAGAAGUCAAUUUCUACUUAAAGCAUGAUCAGUAUGUGGACGUGCCAUCAGCGCGUCCCCACGCUGUGAGGAGGCCGUACCUGUAUUUAAUACCGGUAUUUAAUCUUCAGGCUGGUAGCUUCUUCAGAGUCUGAUCUAUGAGAUGUUGUCGGGCUAAAGCAGUUAGUUUCACGUUCUGGUCCAAGGCCUUAAUGCAGGUUACUACAAGGGAAUGAUGUGCAGCUGUCCUCAAACAAUUUUAAGUGUUCUUACUGUAAGUUGUUGAGUAACUCAUUUAGGUUUUUGCCCUAGUCUUUUAUUGGUUGAUCUGUGAUGGUUCAUCUUUAAAGCCUGUUACAAGUUUGCAGUGAAUCAGUACAUUUAUUUGUCUUGAGAUCCGUUUGUUGUUCUAAAUGAUUAUGUAAAGAUUCCUCUGUUAGCGCAAUAUUUUCACGCUCAUCUCAUUGUUUUAUCCUGGCUAUUUAUUGCACCGAUUGUUUUUGGUUUUGUUGCAAAAUACCGAGUUUUUCCCCUUUGGAUGUUUUGUGCUCUGAAUGUCCUCUGUGAUCAAAUUCAUCAUUCCACUGCUUUUUAAGGACAUGGAAAUGUCACCUUGAAUUGCUUAUUACUUCCAUGACGUCUGCUGUCCAGAAGCCUCACUUUGCUGCAUGACGUGCAUCAAACUAUUUCACAGAAGUGGAGCAUCCAGGAGAAACUGAUGUUUUUAUUUUCAACCACAUUUUAACAACAGACAAAUGUCAUAGUUUUCCAUUUCCAGCAUACAGUUACAGCCUGUUGGUCUACAAAGAAGAAAUAUUUGAUAUCACUAAGCUUAAACUAUGCAGCAUUAAUCCUGAAUACUGUGGAUGUUCAUUUUUAUUUUUGUGUGUAUUUUUUUUUUUUUAGGAUAAAUGCUGAUAACAGUUUCAAGCAAAGCAUGAGACUAACAUUUGCAGUAAGAAAGAAUGUACUCUAUAAAGUAUUUAAAUAAAUAUAUAUAUUUGAAGAGCUUUAUUCCAAAAUGGCACACCAUGUGGAGACUAAUGCCACUGAACUAUUUAAAACUAAAUAAAACACGAUUUGCAGAAGUUUAUUACAACUUCUGCUGACUAAUGUUGUAACAUUCCUUAGAAUUAUAAUCACUUCAGAAAUAUUGGAUUUCAGGUAUUUUCUUUCUCCAAAUGGGUUUAAAAGCAUCUUGGAAUGAAGCCCUAAAUUAAUUUUUCAUCCCAUAACGUUCCCUCUUUACACUUUGCUUAUGUUUGGUUUGUUCAAUAAAUGCAAACUUAUUUCUUCAUAGAAGAGGGAAAGAAAAUAUGACUUUUUAUUGUUUUUAAACCCUAAACAUAUACAUCCAGAUCUAGGCCAGGAUUUAAAACUUCUAAUGACUUUAGCCUGUGAAAGAUGCUUUGUUGAUAUUCUGGAUUGCUGUUCGCAGCAAUGAAGCUCCUCUGAUUUCUCAAGCAAAAAAAUAAAAGAUUGGUAUAUGGAUUUAA